ACUGUCAGAGUAAGUAGGUAAAUUCUCAUAACAUGUUGCCAAGACAGCUCAGUAUCACAGAAGUCCUAUGGGCCAGCUUUACUUUGAGAGCAACGCUGCUUUCUCUCCUUCUGUGUGGUCCACUGAACGUGGUGUCAGAUUCUGAUGAAGAAGUAGCAUCAGUGUGGCAGAUGUGGAAGAGCAGCCAUAUGGUGUCCUAUGAUGAGAAGCAUGAAGACAUUGAGAGAAAGGCCAUUUGGGAGGAAAAUAUGAGGCUGAUUGAAAAGAACAAUCAAGGUUUUUUCAAAGGGACAACCAUGUUUAUCAUGGCUAUAAAUAAAUACGGUGACAUGACAAGUCAAGAGUACAAGCGUUUACAAGGUGCCUUGACAAAUGACAAUCUCAGGAGAGGGAAAAAUGCCUCAGCCAGAAAGCUCCGUUCCAAUGCUAGGGCAUUGGGAGCUGUUUCAGUUGACUACAGAACUACAGGUUUUGUUACUGAAGUGAAAGACCAGGGCUACUGUGGCUCUUGCUGGGCAUUUAGCACUACAGGAGCCAUAGAGGGACAAGUCUUCAAGAGAACAGGUCAGCAGUUGUCUUUGAGUGAGCAGAACCUGGUAGACUGCUCCAAGCCUUAUGGUACCUAUGGUUGUAGUGGUGCCUGGAUGGCAAACGCCUAUGAUUAUGUGGUCAGCAAUGGUCUUCAAUCAACCAGCACGUAUCCAUACACAUCAGUGGACACCCAGCCAUGUUUUUAUGACAGCCAUCAGUCGGUUGCCCAUAUCAGUGAUUACAGGUUUAUCCCUAAGGGAGACGUGCAAGCCCUGGCUAAUGCAGUGGCAACCAUCGGUCCAAUUACAAUAGCCUUGGAUGCAGAUCACCUAAGCUUCCUCUUCUACAGUUCAGGCAUAUAUGAGGAACCAAGCUGCAAUCCUAACAACCUAAGCCAUGCUGCGCUGUUGGUUGGCUAUGGCUCCGAGGGAGGAAAAGACUACUGGAUCAUUAAGAACAGCUGGGGUACUGGAUGGGGAGAGGGUGGCUUCAUGCGAAUGAUCAGGAAUGGCAGCAACACGUGUGGCAUCGCUAGUUAUGCCAUAUAUCCAAUUUUAUGAACAUGAUAAGAUCAUCUAUACUGCCCCACGCAUCAUCUGACUGUAACUUGAAUAUACUGUAACUUGGAGGACCUUUUUCAAAUUAGAUUUUGUUUUGUUUGUAUUAUUAGGUUUACUUGCCUUUGGCAAUAGCACAACCUAUUGUAAUCUCACAUGUUAUUCUUAUUCUUUAUUUUCCCACCCCUAAGGCUCCGUAAAUGUCUGCACUACAUAGACAACAUUGGUGUCAAAAUGUUUGUCUUGGUCACGAUUGCGUUGCUUGUAUUGGAUUUUACGUUCGUUGCACGGUUUAGGCUUAAUUUAAGUUUUUGUGGUGAAAAUUGAAGCUACUGUGGCUAACUAGCUAGGCACAGUCAGAAACGUCACUAAUGUCACGAACACACGCAAGACUAGUAGAACAUUAGUUUAGCAGCUCGUCAACUUCUGGGAGAUAGCUAUGCUAGUUACCUAAAACGGCAAGACAGCUGCAGACACAAGCAAAGAGGCCAGGGUGAUAACCAUUUACUCAUUUAACAUUGUCAUAAAAAACACAAUUGUUAAUUAUUAAGCUAGUACAUCACUAAUCCUUGAAACUUUGGCAAAAACAUGUCCCACUAAGAAAAGUUAUAAUUCUGUUGGAAAUUCAUAACAUUUUCAUGAAUAAAAAGAAUCAAGGUUAUAAUCAACCCAAAUUUGCCUAUGUGUUUUUCUCUGCCCCGCAGGUGAACAAGUAUCUCCUCAACAUGUUCGUCAGUAUUCAUGUUUCCCUUCUUAACAUAGGCCCUCAUCAGGUCUUCCCACUCCUCGAUGUCAACUGAGUCAGAUCCAUCCCCUCUGAAAGAUGGAGGCUCCUUGAUGUUUCUGUGCGUGACCAAUCAAUUGAAGAUCGUGAAGGUCAAUUCAGAGUGAUACUGUCAGUAUGUGGGUUGCUGUAUGUGUCUGGCCCCAGGCUAGGUGGGUUAAAACGAGAUAUAAUACUGUCGGCUAUCUGCUCUCCAAUCAUUUGAGCAAUUGAGCCUACUCAUAGGCGGAAAUCCCGGGGGGGACACGACCCCCCCAUCCUGGGGAAAAUGGGAUUUGUCCCCCCCAAUAAAUCACUGUAAACAUAAGGAAAUUUAAAUAAAAUUAAUAAUAUACAUUUAACAUAUUACAAUGUAGGCUAUGUGUUACAGCAGUAAUUUUGGU